AUGUAUAUUGUUAGAACAUGUUUCAACUAUUUCAACUUUAACUUCAACUUAGUUUAUGGUUUGAGUACACAAUUGUCGCAUGAUAUUGCGCAAUUCACUAUCUUGAAUGACUCAUCAUUUCGCAAUUACAUUUAUGACUUCAAUAUUAACGAACCUCUCCUUCAUUCAUUCACUAAAGUAGAAAUUCAGAAGUUCUUAAUGGCUUCUGGAAAAAGACUCCAAUUAAAUCUUUAA